UAUGUCUACUAAAUUUACCGAUCACGGUACGUGCGUUUCCAUCAACGGAAACGAAGCGAAUAGUAGUCUCUUUACUGAAGAAUCGGGGACUCAAGCGGGAAUGAGCUUGACGCUUAACAUCGAAUCUUACGAAUACAUGAUUGGUCCGCAUAAGAAUGAAGGAAUAAAGGUUUAUCUACAUGACGCUAAAGAAAGUCCAAGAAUCAAUCACCUAGGUUUUUCUCUCGCCCCAGGAUUUCACCAUUCGAUUGCUAUCAAGAACACAAAAGUGUUUAAUUUAGAAAAGCCUUGGGGAAGUUGUGGCGAAACAAAAUUGAACCAUUUUCAAGAUUACUCCCCUAAUAAAUGUAAUUUGGACUGUUCGAUUUCUGAUACCAUAAGGAAAUGUGGAUGUCUAGCCCCCUACAUGAACAGCAUCACUAGUAAUACGACUGAUUAG